CCAAGUUCCGCUUUUCAGGACAGGGCUGGGAUUUACAGGAUCAAAAAGUGGUCAGGAUCCCAAAGAGGAAUGUUAUUCAGGGGCUCUGACUGCCCUGGCCACGCAGCAUCUGCCAUGGCAUGUGGCAGGGAGGAGCUGUGCGGAGACCAAGGGCAUGGGCACCUGCUCACCCUCCUCCAGGGGCCCGGCAUGACAAUGCCACAAAGGAAGCCUGUGCUGGUCCCUCAAAAGUGGGUCAACAAGUCCCGACCACUGGCCCUGCACAUGGACGAAAAUCCCAGUUUUUGGCAGGAAAGUCUCCCCGUGUCACAGAAGACAAUGCUGGGAUCCAGCAGUGGGAACUGGGGCAGGGCAGUGGGUGACUGGGGAGUGCAUCAAGGAGCCCCCAGUGCCCCCUCACCCAUUCCAGUGGGGACUGGGUGCUGCCAUGCCAGCAGGGCUGGGCCCACCAACAAAUCCCCCGCUGGCCCAGGGCCACAUUUCCCUCCCUUUGUGGGCUCUGGCUGGGCAUAGGGGGACCAAGUUCAUCCCAAACCACAAUUGCCACCUCUGCCGGCAGCUCCAGCCAUGGCGGAUGUGCUGGAAAUAACCCUGGUGGGGCCAUGCACCCCCCUUGCCAAGGCCACAGCACCCUAUAAAGACACCCAGGGAGCUGGGGCUGUGCUCAGCCCAGCACAGGAAGGCACCAUGAAGUCCCUCGUCCUGCUGACCCUCUUGGCCCUGCUCACCCUUGGCCUCUGCCGCAGAGCUGCAGAUGGCUCCACCAGCACCAAGGACUCGCCCAGCUCUGAAGCCUUCGUCUCCAGACGCGCCAGCGCCGAGGUGGUGCAGAGACAGAAGCGAAAUUAUGGCUAUGACAGCAGCACCUAUGGAGCCCCGCCUGACCCACUGGAGGCCAAGCGUGAGGUGUGCGAGCUCAACCCCGACUGUGACGAGCUGGCCGACCAGAUCGGAUUUCAGGAGGCCUAUCGGCGCUACUACGGCCUCGUGUAGCCCCAGCCACGCCCUGCUGUGCUGUGGGGCAGGGGCUGAGCUCCCAGAAACCUCCGUCAGCUCCCCGUUUACACCUUCACCCUCUCACCCUUUCUGUUAGCCCUG